UGCAUGUAAUUUAUGCAUGUAAAUUGUUAAGCUCAAAAUUACUAUCCCAACACCAAAUUACUUAUUUAUACAACAAUUUUAAGACCGGUUAUACUGUAUGGAUCAGAAAUGUGGGUAACAAGCAAAAAGACAGAAAAAAAUAAUAACAUUUGAAAAAAAAGUCCUUAGAAAGAUAUUUGGCCCGACGCUCGAGGAUGGAGGAGAAGACAUAACACCGAGAUUAGGGAGCGCUACAAAGACCCAGACAUCGUAGCGGAAGUCAAAAAGUGGUCGGUUGAGAUGGUUUGGGCAUAGCCUACUAUAAGAAGAGAGAAAAACUCUGCAGUGAGGAACAUACUUGAUAGAAAACCCGAAGACAGAAGACAACCAGGACGGCCUAAGCUAAGAUCAAGUUUAAAAAGAUAUUAGAAGAUUGGGAAGUAGUGAAAAUGAAGCUCAAGAAAGAAACACCUGGAGGCAGUGCGUGGGGUACCAGUGGCCACUCCACUCCAGUAAGUAAGUAAGCCAAAUUGGAUGUAUCAAGCAAGUCUUUGUAUUCUACAGUUUAAAUGUUUUGUAAUUAUUGAUUUUAUUGUUUUCAGUUCUUAAAAAUUGAAGAUCUUUAAGACAAGAGAGAAGUUUUCUCCACGUUUUUGACCAUACUCACCAUGUAUGGAAAAGUUAUUGGAAAAUCAAUUUCAGUAGAUUGUUUUGAAGAGGUCACCAAGAAUGGAAUCUACUUCUUGACCUCUGGUCAUCUCAAUUCUCCAUUACCACCACAUGUUGACAGAGUGUACACUUCCACCCAUAAUGCUUGGUUAUUACAGACAAAGUGCAAGGUAGAUGCUGGUAAAAUUGUUAGUAUGCCUGUAAAUCAACGGUUUUUAAUUCAAGACAAAAUUAAAAACCUAGAUUUCUAUGUCACUUUGUUGGACGCCAAGCAGAAGCCUGGAGCAGUAAUGUUUCUGUUUGAGGGCAAAGAGAUAGGCAACAUCCUGUACGCUGGCAAGUGUUGCUACAGCGACACCUUUUUUGGCAAACCUCUUAUCAACUUUCUCAAAGUUAAGUUGGUAGACUAUCUUUAUGUCCACGCGCCAUACGAAGACCGUCAGUCUCAUUCGAAGACAGUUUCUGAGGCUGUUGAUGAUAUUGUGAAUACUAUAAGGUGGAACUCAAACUGUAAAAUCAUCAUAAGUGAACCCUUCUUCAGAGAAGAUAUAUUAACAAGUUUGAAAUUUAGGUUACGGAAACCGAUCAGUGUGUCUGAGCCCAUAAUGAGACAUUUAGAAGAGCUCGGGAAAGGUUCAGACUUUCAACUGGACCAGUCUACAGCACAGGUUUUAGUUACUCACAAAUCCAUCGGGAAGGUGACUCGUUUCAAGCAGCCAGUAUUCAAGAUCGUUAUAGUUCCUUGUCCGAUGAAUCUCUCAAAAGAAGAGGUCGAGUUCAAGGUUUCCAGAUUAGAGGCAAGGGGUUACUAUGUGAUAUUCUAUCGGAAUCACUGCUCUCAACAGGAACUGGUCACUCUAACUCGGUGUAUCAACGCAAAGCACACCGUACUCAUUCGACCCACACCGCUGUUUAUGCAUCCUGCAGAGCAGCCUAUGAACGUUACGUAUUGGACUCGCCACGGUAGUAUUUGUCAAAUACUUGAUUUUCUGGACAGUUUUGACAGACAAAAAACAAAAAAAUCACCUCAUAAUGAAGUGAAUAUUCUAGAAAGGUCUUGUGUGGCAACAGACGUAAAGGCUCGGGAAGCAAAACCGCCAGAGGCAUUCAUCCUCAUUGAGAGUGACCUAGAGUCAAAUGCCUCUCGAGAUGAACGGGUUACCUCUCAAAAGGCAUAAGUUAUUUUGUUAUUUAUAUAGUUAUACCUUAAGGAAGAAGGAAUAGAUACACAACUACUUACUCAAGAAAAUAGUUCCAGGUAGAUAUUACACAAAACAUUCACAAGCCUUCUUAAGCUUCUUUGUAUGGGUAAAUUAUCAAUUUAAUCGUGUUCUAAACUUUUUGUGUACUUUCAACUGUCUUAAACUCUUGGGUAUCAUAGUUGUGUAUCCAGCUCUUCUUCAUAACUUAUUUCUGAACUACUUUCCUCAAAAAAUUAAAAUAGAGUCACUUUGUUUUGUAUAGUUUUGUGGAAAGGGGUAGAGAUCAGCUAGUUCACCUAAGAAACUUGAGUAUGGGCCUAAGAAAUGCAUUGAGGACAGUCACACAAAAUAAUACUAUUAAUUAGUCCUAGUACAGGAAGUAGAUCUGCCAUGGGCAAAACAAGAGACGGCAGGAAAGAAAAAAAUAGCUGUUUUAUGAUGUAGGCAUGUUUCUGAGAAAAAUAUGAGUAAUUACACUAGAUUUGUUGUGGAACAUCAUGUACAAUAAACCCAUCUAUCCUGCAUCCCCACCCUAGACGUCCUGUCAAACUUACUAGGGCACUCUUGUCUACUUUAAUCUUUAUGUUAAUGGGAAAAAUUGGUAAUCCUCGGUGUUGUAAAAUCUAGUCACUGAUAGUAUUGCAUAAUAUAAAUUUUUUGAGUUGUUGGCUGGCCCAAAGAUCUACAAUGAUCUCCCCUUGGACCUAAAACAGCUGGGGGUCCUGGCUUUUAAAAGAAACUUAAAAAAUGUAUUAAUAUUGUAAAAUAGCUGUAUAUAUAUUUAAUAUUUGUACUUUUAUCACACAAUGUCUUUUAUUAUAAUAGUAUUCUAUUUUUAGUUAGUAUUUGAGCUGAAAUUAUUCUGUAAAACAGUUAAAUUGUACUAAGAGAUGCUCUGAAAUAAAAGCAUUUUUGUUUAUUUAUUUAUGUACUUACGUAAUUGCAUAUGUAUUUUUAGAUUUAGGCCAUCAUGGGGCUUAAAGCUAGCGGCGACACUAGAACGCACAAUCUUUGGUACUGAUAAGACAAUACUUCUCAGUGACUUAAACAUGAAAUGAUCGGGCAUACAACAUUUUUGCUGUAACGAUUUUGCCUGCUCCCAAAAUAUAUACUGAUUCACUAUGAAUUUAAUCAUUGCCUUGCAGCAAGGUGCAAAAUAAAAGGAAACUAUAUUUUAGUUUUAUUUCUGUGACUUUUGGGAUCUUAUAAUGAAAAUCCGUUACUUUCCGUGACCCCCUAGUAAAAUCAGUGACCGGUAGAUACCCUGUAACAGCUGGUUUCAAACUGUCAUUAAAAUAUUAACGUUAAAAGUUGUUUACAAAAAUAUAGAUCGUUGGUAUUACACAUUUAAUUAAUUUAAUUUUUUCACCAGAUGUAGUUGUUUUAUCGUAAAGGAUUUAGCGUUCUUUAAGUUAUCUAUAAGUUUUUUUAUUUUCCCAAAUGGCUGUCAGUAGAAACCAAAAUCAAUUUAUACCCUACAAUAAUCAUCCCAGUAACUCUGUAAUGUUUAGAAACUUGGGCACUGACGAAGAAAAAACAAUUUGGAAAUCUGCCAUGAAUUUUGUCAAAAUCUAACUUGAUAUGUAAACCAGUUGUAUUGAAUUGUACAGUUUUACAGUUUCAACUUACUACUUGAACCCUGUGCGAAGGUCAGGCCCCCAACUAGUUAAUCCUAUAUAUUAAUAGGCAAGCACGUUUCUGGAAAACCUUUUUUCUCAGCUUGUGUGCAUUGCAGGGAAAAUCUACACUUAGGGUGACGAGCA